CUUUUGCAAACUGCGGUGGAUUGUUGCUAUAUAGGAGCUGGGUGACCCCUUAACCUUAUCCACCAACUAGUGCAUGACAUGUUACUUGUGUUUAACUUUAUUUUCCCAUCAUUGAGGAGAUGACGUUAUAUUUAUGUGUGGAUUUCACAAUGGAUUUAUUAUAAUAGGCUCUCAGUCCCUGUUUGCCAGGCGUGUGACCCAGGCUUGGGACAGCCGUCCUGACGGGCCCCAUGAGCCUCUGUUAUCUUGCCUGUCACCUGCUUCAAGCUGAUGGAGUGACGAAUAACACAAAAGCCAGAUGCUGCUGGAAAAGGUGAAGCUCACAGCAAAGAUGGUGUGAAUCUACGGUGACAGAAGAUGAGAAGAAAGUAGGAGUCCGCAUCAACUGCAACGACGGGGAAAGGGGACCAAGGAGCAGAGAAAACACAAACUACACACAAAGGAGAGUUGGUGAAGAAAGGUUUUUCUUGGUUCCAUGUGCUGUAAAGAUGGGGACACUGGUCGAACCAGCGCUGCUGCUGCUUUUAUGGCAGAUUGUUUGGGCUUUGGACAUCCCUCUGGAAAUCAGGCAGCCCCCAACCAUCAUAAAGCAGUCAAUGAAGGACCAUAUUGUUGACCCCAAAGACACCAUGGUCAUAGAAUGUGAAGCCAAAGGAACCCCUCAUCCCAUUUUCUCAUGGAGGCGCAAUGGGAAGUAUUUAAACGUGGCACGUGACGCACAAACAUCGAUGCGCAGGCGCUCGGGGACGCUGGACAUCUAUGCCUGGAACAAUCCCGAACAGUAUGAGGCCGAGUAUCAGUGCAUUGCCUCCAAUGAGUAUGGAUCUGCAUACUCCAACAAGAUCAGACUACGACUAUACAGAGCUCCUGUGUGGCCGAGGGAGAUUCUGGAGCCUGUGGUGGUCAGCGCUGGCUUGCCUCUGGUCCUGUCCUGUGACCCGCCACCAGGCCCGCCGAAACCUGAAACCUACUGGAUGUCCAGCUGCUCAUAUGCCAGACCUUUCAACUGGCCCAUUCAGACAGCUUUCCCCACCAUGCAGCCGGUGCGGCAGGACCGUAGGAUAUCCAUGGGAGUCAACGGAGAUCUGUACUUCUCUAACGUCCUGUUCAACGACUCUGCUACUGAUUACUGCUGUAAUGCCCGCUUCCCCUACAAGAAUGUCAUCCAGCAGAAGAUGCCUGUGGUUGUUAAAGUGCUUACGACUCGUACAGUGGCCGAGGCUGCCCCCACCUGGCUGUCUCCCACUGGUUCUUCCAGCUCCAUACUGGUCCUGCAAGGGGAAGAACUGCUCCUGGAGUGUAUCGGCGCAGGAGUGCCAACUCCUUCUAUUACGUGGACCAAGAAUGGUGAUGACCUGGUAGUGACGCCACGCAUGAAAGUAAAGAACUUCAACAAGAUGAUUCAAAUCCCAAAGGCGUCUUUUGAUGAUGUGGGUGAAUACGCUUGCACUGCUACCAAUAAGAUUGGAUACAUUGAGCACACGAUAACCGUCAGGAUCAAAGCGGCUCCUUUCUGGCUGGAGAAACCCACUGAUUUGGUUUUGGCCCCGGAGGAAACUGGACGCCUGGUGUGUCGUUCGGAUGGUGCUCCUCGUCCCACCAUCAGUUGGUUCAUCAAUGGGGAACCAAUUGAAACUGCUACCCCACAGACUAACAGGCAAGUCUCAGGAGACACGCUGACUUUACGCAGUGUGACUGCUGAAAACACUGCCGUCUACCAGUGCAAUGCUUCCAAUCAAUAUGGGUACUUAAUGGCCAAUGCUUUUGUCAACGUGCUCCAUGCAACGCCACGGAUACUCGGGCCAAGGAAUGAACUCAUCAAGGUUAUAGAGGGCAGACGUACCCUCUUAGACUGCCGCUACUUUGGUUCUCCAGUGCCUGAAUUGCGAUGGUCCAAAUAUGGACAGGGGAAUCUGGAAGGAAAUCGUUUUCAGACCCUUAAUAACGGGACUCUGGAAAUCAAACACAUUGGGAUAGAGGAUCAGGGAACCUACCUGUGUGUAAUCAGCAACCUCGCAGGAAGAGAUGAGAUUCAAGUCCGAAUAGAGGUCAAAGAGCCCACUUUGAUUGUCACAAGACCACAGAGUAUGAAAGUCAUGCGUGGAACCGAUGUGCGCUUAGAGUGCGGUGUAAAAGCAGAUGUCACUACUCCUGUCACAACCACCUGGAUGAAAGAAAAAAAAUAUGCCACUCUUGGCUGGAGACUAUCUCUGGAUGAAUCAAAUCUGGUCAUCACUAAUGUCAACCGAGGUGAUGAGGGCAAUUAUACCUGUGUCAUCAAGAGUGAACUGGACCAGAAGUCGGCCUCAGCACGCCUAAUGGUGAUGGACCGUCCAGAUCCUCCCACUACGUUGGAGCUGUCAGAUCCAUAUGAACGCACUGUAAGACUCGGUUGGGUCCCUGGAGACAGCAACCACAACCCUAUAACAGAGUACUUGGUGCAGUAUGAUGAUGAUGACUGGCUGCCUGGGAAGUGGAGAAACCUCUCAACGUACCCAGGGAACCUCAACUCUGUCAUUCUGCAUCUUACACCUUUCACCUACUACGAGUUUCGGGUCAUCGCUAUCAAUGAAAUCGGAAUGAGUCGGCCUAGUCGUCCAUCUGCGCGCUUCCAGAGCAGCGGUGCACCCCCAGAUAUCAUCCCAAAGAAUGUAAAGGGUGUCGGUACAUGGAGGAAUAACAUGGAGAUCAGCUGGGAGCCUCUGACCUACAGAGAGUGGAACGGGCCCCACCUGAAGUAUCUGGUGUGGUGGAGAAGGCGAGAAUCCCGAGAGGAGUGGAAGAAUGCGACCACUAAAUGGCAGAAAUACUACAUAUACGAUGCAGAUACCUUUACUCCUUAUGAUAUCAAAGUCCAGGCUGUCAACGACUUUGGCCUGGGUCCAGAGUCUCCUAUUGUCAUUGGUUACUCUGGGGAAGACCGUCCCUUAACUGCACCCCUGAACCUGAGAGCGUCCGACAUCGAGAGCACUCAGGUGACUUUGCACUGGGACUCAGUGACACGCGGCUCUAUGCAGGGAGAUCUGAAAGAAUACAAGGCCUACUACUGGAGGGACAGCAGCCAGCUGAGGUGGCUGAGGGUCAAUCGAGGGAUGAAGUCUAAAUCAUUUCUAGACAAUGAUCCAGAGCCCUCGGGGGUCUUGACUGGGCUCAUCCCUUAUAGCAACUACAAAAUGUAUAUAGUGGUGGCAAACAAUCGAUACGAAGGGCCGCCCAGUAAUAAUAUACACUUCUCAACGCCUGAAGGAGUACCAUCUGCUCCCAGAUCCUUCAGGAUCCAACAGCGACAUCUGGACAGCAUUUAUGUCGACUGGGACCUUCCGGCAGAACCCAACGGAAUCAUUACUGGAUAUUCCCUCAAGUACCAGACGGUGAAUGCCACCAGGGGAGAGGAGCUGCGAGUUGAGGAGUUCACUCCAAAUAUAACAAGUUUCUCAGUCCGGCGAUUCGACCGCUACACUCGAUACAGAUUCUCCGUGGCGGCACAAACUCGGCUCGGGAUAGGGGAAUGGCAUACGGAGGAGUCGCCUCACUACACCACUGAAACGUAUGCUCAGGACCAGGUGGACAUCACCACUCAGGGCUGGUUCAUCGGGAUUAUGUGUGCUGUGGCUCUCCUCGUGCUUAUCCUACUCAUAGUCUGCUUCAUCAAGAGGAGCAGAGGGGGGAAAUACCCAGUACGGGAAAAAAAAGACAUUUCAUUGGAGCCGGUGGAUGACAAAGAUCAGGAGGGAUCAUUUGACUACAGGUCUCUUGAAAGGAUAGCACGUGUCUCCACUCUGCCUUACCCCCGGCGAGAGGAGGAGAGAGGGCUUCAAAGAGGCCAGCCGUCUAUGGAGGCAAUUAUGAAGCGAUCAGACAGUGACGAUAGUCUGGACUAUGGUGAAGGAGGCGAGAUAUCGUUCAACGAGGACGGCUCGUUCAUCGGCCAGUACACAGGGACCAGGAGAGAUGUCAGGGAGUUGGACUUUGGUGGCAGUGUGGAGCUCCACUCUCCGAAGAAUACGAUCUACUCCCUGGCGUAAAACUCAAAAGUCAAACUACCUUCCUGUUUUUCACGUGACUUGACCGCGCUUGUACCCUUAAACACUUGUGGUGCUUGUGGUUUGCCUGCAGGAGGGAACAGCUGGAGCCUCAGGUGCUGUAACCCUCUGUGUCCAAGCAGACAAAAGCAGAAUAGUUGGGACAAUACUAGAGAUGAGAUCCUUAUUCAUCUGAUAAAAAAAAAACAAGCUUUGUAGUUUGUGUUCCGUAUUGCAUUUCCUGUAAAUACAAAUGCUGUGUGUUUGUGCGCGUGCAUACGGACGAGUACAUGUUCAGUUAUCCUGUCAAUAGAGAAACAUUGGCUGCACAUCCCAGGAGACAGAAGUGGAUCAGUUUAUCAUGUUGAUAAAAGCAGUUGCAAGGACCAACUUAACUAUUGUUAUUACAUCUUUUUCUUUUAAGCUAAUUUCAAUAAUGACAUUUGUGUUAUUUUUGUGUGUUGGCUGUUUUAGAAAUAAGAGCUGCAUACCAUAUUGUCACGAUCAAGGGAGCCACAAUGUGCUCCCUGAAAUUGGAUUGCGUACUCUUUCUUUUACACGCUAGUGUUUAUGCUGCAAUGUGAGAGUAUAAAAGUGUUAAUAAUUAAACAAUAAAAUAUCUCCAGGGACUAAUGGUUUGUCUGCGGUCAGUUUGGGAAUUGUGCUCUGCUGGGAGACGAGAGGUUAAACCCAUUUAGAGAAUAUAAAGCAGCCAUAAAGCAGCUCUAAAAUCCGAAGUUGCUCAUGUUACUUUUUUAACCUGCUUUAACUAUCUCUAGUUAUAACUAUGGAUAGAAAUUAAUCUAACCGUUUUACUUUAUUUGACCUCUAACAUCAUCUGUGUAUUACCACAGUUAUGUCCUUAAUGUAAAUAAAGUGGAAAUAUUUAUUUCUU